AUGGAUCGAUGGAUGGAUGACGGACUAGUCUCAGGGAUCUCCCAGAUCGGCAGAGCGAGCACGCCGCUGCCCGAAGGCUUUACUUCGUCUGACCACACAAUUGACUACUUGUGGAAAAGAGGUCCAGGGAAAUCACUGAGACUGUCCCAGCGGCGGAGUCUUCGAUCUCACUCACUUGAGUGUCUUAAAUCUGUUGCAGACCUGGACGGCUUUCCACCCAGACCUGUUGCUCCAGCGAAACCUCAGCUGCCCCAGCAUCCAGUACAACACAGACAGGCCGCUCCACCACCGCAGCGACGCGACAGUGCUGUGCAAGAACAACGACCCGACCAAGGUCCACCACCUCCAUACCCAAUACAAAGGGGUCCAUAUGCCGAACUUCAAGAACAACUAGACAACCUGCCUAACUUUGAUGCACCAGGGGCUGAAGGUGAAGAGGCAGAACCUAUGAUAAACCUCUCGCCACUUCACAACAGGUCAGGAAGAGUCAGAGUCCCGAAAUCUCCAGUAUUGAACAUGCCCAUGGUUGAAGUGGCAGGGGCCAAUGGCCCUCUUCUGGUACUCCGGCCGUGGGGCACGACAGACAUAAUGGACGCGGGCAUGCAACUUCCUGAUCCGCGGGAAGUAGGUGGCAAAAAGUUUUCUGUGGAAAUACAGCGUUUCUGUAGAGAUUUCAGACCCACUUCACAUGAACUGAGACAUAUGCUGAUGAAAAAGCUCGGAGUGGAUAUCUCCAGGAUCCAAUAUCAAUGGCCGGACAAUGCCCUGUGUCAGAUUGAUAUGAACUGGGACGCAGAGAAUAACGCCCCAUACCGCGACAUGAUUACAGCAGUGCGCCAAGCCUGCGUGGCUGCCUUCCCAGUCAGAAUGGACAUGUCAAGAAUCUCUAUGUGUAAGCAGCAAGAUGGAGAGACAGUGAUCCAAUAUUUGACUCGACUCACCGAGGUUCAUGAUGCUCACAGCGGACUUAAUCGUCCGGAUAACAUAAACGCCGGAGAAGUGAUGGCCUACGAGGCGCAUUUGCGAAACAGCUUUCUGAAUGGACUUAAAGAGGGCAUUGCAAGGUCAGUGAAAUGAACAUGCAUUACAUGGGACACGGAAAAACUCCAGACCAUUGAACAACAUGCCGCUCAUGCUGAAAAGCUGUUGAAGUUUGAGGCACAGAAGAACACUAAAAAGAAAGAUGAUCAAACUCACAGCACGCAACUAUCAACAAUCAUGCUCCAGAUGGUGGGAGCACAAGCGAACUUCAGAGGUCGAGAUCGCAAGCGAGGCCGAGGAAGAGGCCGUGGAAUGGGAGGAGCUGAUCAAGGAUGUUUCAUCUGUGGAAAAACAGGCCACUGGAGAAAUGAGUGUCCUGUCAGAAAACCAGAGGCAACAAAGCAACACAAUCAAGGAGACAGAGGUACAGAGGGUUCUGGGUUAAGGGAGCCUCCAGGUAUGGGUGAGUCUAAUCUUUCCAUGCUAUGCAAUGAAGAAAUGCCUAAGCCUAAUUUUCCUAAUUCUGCUAAUAACACAUGCUCACUGGACACAACAACCACUGUAGAUACAUAUGCAAAGUAUGAUUCACCUAAUUACAAGAAACUGCCUGUUGUGACUCUUUUGGUUGAUAAUAUGCCUGUUGAGUUUCUAGUCGACUCUGGAGUGGGAAAUUCGGUGAUAAGAUCAUGUGAAUUCAAAACAUUGCCUAAAAUGAGUGAUCAAACACUGCUCUCGAUAGGAGCAUCAGGAGUUUCAGUCCUUGAACGAUUCUCCACACCCUUAAGGUGCAAAAUUAAAGAAUUAGAAAUGGAAUUUGAAUUCUAAACUUCCACUUGCCAAAGAUUGAACUUUCAGACCCUAGGCUUCAAAAGGUCCCACAAGAGUUGUGGGCGAGGGAUAAACAUGAUGUGGGGCUAAUUAAGAAUUGUGCAGCAGUGCACAUCACACCCAAAUCAGAUUUCAGACCCAAAAAAGCUCAGUAUCCUCUGAAACCAGAAGCUAUAGCAGGCAUCACCCCAGUUUUCAAUUCUUUAUUGAAGGCUGGAGUAAUUAUUCCAUGUCCAUCCAGUCCUGUGCACAGUCCCAUUUUUCCGGUAAAAAAGAUUCAUGACCCAGGAGAGCCAGAGGAGUGGCGCUUUGUUUUGGAUUUAAGAGCUGUGAAUGAUUCAGUUGUCCGGCGUGCGCCCCAGGUUCCAAAUUCUUACACAAAUCUUUCUCAGAUUCCGCCUGACAGCACAUAUUUCUCAGUGGUUGAUUUGGCUAAUGCGAUUUUCAGCGUUCCUGUUCACCCAGAUAGCCAGUUUUGGUUUGCUUUCUCAUUUCAAGGCAAAUCAUACACUUUCACUCGAUUGUGUCAAGGUUACUGUGAGUCAGCCAUUAUUUAUAAUAAAGCACUGUGCACUAGUCUAGAAGGUUUAACACUCACCCUGGGGUCCGUUCUUUUACAAUAUGUCGAUGAUUGCCUAUUGGCCGCUCCUACAAAAGAACAAUGCGAGAAAGAUACCAUCGCAUUACUUUGUCACCUUGCUAAAGGAGGUCACAAAGCCAAUCUGUCCAAAUUACAAUUUGUUCAAAAAGAGGUUAAAUUUUUAGGACACCUAAUUUCUGCAGAGGGUAAAAGACUUGCGGCAAGUAGAAUUGAAGUAAUUCAAAAGAUUCCAAAACCAAUCACUAAAAAACAAUUGAUAUCAUUCCUAGGAAUGUGUUCCAAUUGCAGAAUGUUCAUUCCUGACUAUGCUGUCAUAGAGGCACCGUUGAGUGCAAUUGCUCACGGGCAAGGCCUACAAGCACAUAGUCGUGUCACUUGGACAAAAGAAGCAGAGCUAGCGUUCACUCAGCUGAAGCAAAUGUUACAAUCAACCCCAACAUUGGGUAUUCCCAAUCCUAAUAGGCCACACACACAAACUGUAGAUGAAAAGAACGGCUGCAUGACCUCUGUUCUGCUUCAGGAACACGGGGGCAGGAUGCGCCCUGUGGCUUAUUUCUCAGCUAAAUUAGAUGCUGUAGCAGCAGGACUUCCAGUGUGUCUCAGAGCAGUAGCAGCAGCAGAAAAGGCAGUUAAUGCCUCACGAGAUAUCGUAGGCUACAGCGAGUUAACGUUGUUGGUACCACACGCAGUGUCGCAACUGCUUUUAGAACAGAAAACUGCUCACAUGACUACUGCACACUGGCUAAGAUAUAAUACAGUACUUCUUGAAAUGCCUAAUGUGACUGUGAAAAGAUGUACUGCCUUAAACCCUACUACUCUUCUUCCCACAGCUGAGGAUGGAGAACCACACGACUGUGUCCAGGUGGUUAACGCGAUUUGCAGCCCCAGGUCAGAUCUGCGAGAGACACCUCUAAACACCCCGAUUUGGAAUUGUUUGUCCAUAGAUCAGCAUCCAGGGACUCAGAAACAGGCAGAAAUUGUGUGGGCUAUGCCGUGGUAACACAACAUUUAAGCACAAUCACUUCCUUCACACUACUCAUAAGCAGCUGAGUUAAAAGCCUUAACAGAAGCAUACAAACUAGCUGAAGGGAAACUUGUUAACAUUUACACAGAUAGUAGGUAUGCAUUUGGAGUUCUACACGAUUUUGGCACAUUGUGGAAACACAGAGGGUUUUUAACCUCUUCUGGCAAGCCGAUCACACACCACAGCCUGAUAGCUGAGCUCCUGGAGCAAUCCUCCUUCCCAAAUCUAUUGCAGUGUGUAAAUGUGAAGCUCACACUAAAAAUACAGAUCUAAUAUCAACAGGAAAUGCAAGAGCGUAUACAGCUGCUAAAGCUGUGGCCAAGCAACCUCUCACACACACACACACACACAGACACAGAACAUGACUAAACUCCCUCUUACAUUUGCAGUGAUCAGAGAACUGCAAAGAAUGUCUACACCAGAGGAGAAAGCGCAGUGGAGGAAAGUCAAGGACCGGGUGUGGAUAGGACCCAAUGGCAAACCAUGUCUCCCAAGAAAGUGUCGGAACCCAGAGCCCCUCUCUGGGUGGACACUUCAGGGUGGUCUUGGAGCCUUUUUCAAUUACCAAUAUUAUCAAAAGUCUUACAGUUCAGAUCAAAACAUGCAGGAAAACCAAAGAAAUAAAGAACUCCUCCAGGUUUGGAUGAGAAAAAGCAACCGGUUUUAUUUAGAAAAAUAUCACCGAAAAAUGGCACUCAAAUACACAGACUCAUGAAUCGAUGCGGUCAAGCACACCCCCCUUCACAAAUCCCCCAGUAUAUAUGCCUUCUAGUCCAGCUACCUAAACUUGCUGGGGUCAAUUUUUUCUAUGGAUUGUUUUGACGUUCACUAAUUUUUCCCCCUAAAAAACAGCCCCACCUUUCUGUGGCCUUGUAUUAGUUGUCUGGACUUCAGAACUUAUUUAAACCAAAAAAAAACACAUUUAUUUCAUUACACAAUUAUCACUUAUAUUUUAACCUACAUCACCCACAUGUUCCAUAUGUUUGUGUACUUGUUUGUUGUUCCUGUGUGGUUCAUGGUGACUGCUUGGCAAUUACGUAGAAUCCUGAGGAUUUUUCCAUUAUUUAAGGAAAGGGUGCUACCGGUAUUUUACUUUAGUUUUCACUCGCUGCCCAUGUGAUAAUGAUAAUGUGGUAAAAGUAAAAGGGGUGAAAUACCUCUGUGAUCUUAGUUUAGUUUGAUUUAAGUUGAGUUUUAUUUAUUUAGGUUAGGAUUAGUCAGUUUGUUUUACUUUAGUUUAAUUUGAUUUUCUAAAUCUUCUCCAUUGCUUCAAGCCCUUUAACUCUUUUAGGUCCAUAUUUGUCCAUUACAUUUAUUCGGUGAUUUCUCCCUAUGUUUACAUUAACAUUAGCCACUGCAAUAAUAUUUUGCUUUGCUCGCUUCUCUAACAUCUUCUCCAAACACACUUCCGUCUCGGCACCUGUUGUUUUGUUCUUUACUUUUGCCACUUACCUGGGUAAGUUACUGCUUAUUUACAUAGGUGGUGUAAUAUAAUUUCUAUACAUUAUAUAAACUUUAAUUUUUCAAAAAUGACCUUACGCUCUCUCUCGAACGUUCGAGUCAGUGUCAUGUCAGAUAAGACUGUUAUGGUGUUCUCGCCCCUAAGCUCAAGGAUUCUGAAUUUUCAACAACAUGUUUUUCGGUCUCAGUGGAGCCAGCUCCAUGAUAUGGUAUGCUAUGCUAGCUUAUGCCCUUAUGUUGUUUAUGCCAAAGCCAGAAAGUUCGAGAAUAAUAACCCAGUAACGAUGACAGUUUUGCUCAUCUCUAUUUUUGUGGUUUUAUAUAUUUUUUUCCCUUUUUCCCCUAUAAUGAACCAACUGGUUCCUUACAUGGUUUUACAUCCUACUCAGAUUCUAUGUCUAUUUUUCAUCUAUGUCUAUAAUUUCCUCUAUUUGCUAUAAGUUUAGCUGUUGACUAAUGAUUAUGAAAGGUGAUUAAUACUGAAAGGAUUAUUAGAUAAUCAGUAGAUUAGGUACGAUAAUUCGAUAGGCAACAUUGUUUAUCAUUGUUAUGAUUAAAGUAAACUUAGUUAUAUUACCUUAAAAUCAUCAUUUGAUUAGGCAUAACUGAGUGAGUUUAAUGAUUAAACAAAUUAUCUACAGUAACGUCUCUUUGGUUUGUUUUUUUUAUUGAUUAAAACUGAAUCAGAUCUGUCUUAAAGAUUAAAGGAAAGAAAUCAGAUAAAUGGUUAAGGUAAUUUAACCUCCCCUUACUGAUUAAGAGUCAAACGUAAUUAAUGAUUAGAUGUAUGAAAAGUAUAAGUUUCAAAAAAUUUCCCACAAAAGCUUUCCCCAUUUUAUGUGAAAUUGACAUGUGUCAAAAGGGGGAAUGGGUGCAGAAAUACAGAAACACUGGUAUACUAAGGGCUUUCUCUCAUUCUCACAAAUUUUUUGUCAAAGAUGCCUCGUUUGUGCAACAAACAAUGUAGGGAGAGGAGUUAAAACUCCUCACCCACCGCCACAACGUCCAUUUGAACAUUUACAAAUGGAUUUCAUUGAGUUAACACCCAGUGAAGGUAAGAGAUAUUGUCUGGUAAUUAUAGACAUGUUUUCAAAAUGGGUUGAGGCAUUCCCAACCUCAAAGCAAGAUGCUAGUGCAGUAGCAAAAGCACUACUCACUGAAAUCAUUCCACAAUGGGGAAUUCCAGAAAGAACUGGCAGUGAUAAUGGCACCCGAUUCGUGAACCAGGCCUUACAGAAAGUAAGUGAGCACAUAGGAUUUGAUUAAAAACAACAUUGUACGUACCAUCCAGCCAGUGGUGGAGCAGUGAAGAGAGAAAACAAAUUGGCAAAAUGUUGUGCUGAGACAGGUUUGUCAUGGGUAAAAUCCCUCCCCACUGUGUUAAUGCAUAUGAAGGCACGAGUGAGAUGAAGAGCUAAUCUAAGCCCGUUUGAAAUUCUCUUUUCCAGGUCAAUGAACACCGCAGUGAGACUACCAGGAAAACCAAGGCUAACUACCGGCGAAUGUGAGAAUAAAAUAUUGAACUAUUGCAUAAACUUGUCUUCUGUGUUAUCUGAUGUUCACAAACAGGUAAAAGACACACUGCCGAAACCCAACCAAGAAGCGCUGCAUGACCUGAAACCUGGUGAGUGGGUUGAGGUGAAGGACUUCUGGAGGAAGAGCUGGAGAGCUAAGCGCUGACAAGGUCCAUUCCAGAUUCUACUGACCACACCCAGCGCGGUAAAUGUCGCCGAAAGAGCUACCAGGAUUCACGCCAGCCACUGCAAACGAGUGCCUGUACCGAGACAGGACUCAGGAGAUGCCAGGAAAGGAGAAAAAGACAGAGCAUGAGCCUGUGGUGGAGGAUACACAACGAACUCCGGAACGAGGCAGCACUGCACCUCAAACCUCCAAUUGAAUUGAUUCAGCGUUGCCAGAGUCUCCUCAUGACAGUAAAGGAGAAUAACAUCCACGGUAGUGAUCUAACCAUUGUAGCACGGAAAUUGGUGGUAAAUAUACACCCAGAAGCAAGCGAAAAAGACAUAAACCAAACUUAUUUCCUGAUUGCUGAACUAUCAGUCAUUACCUCGACUCCCCAAGAAGACCAUUUACGGGGCACAAGCUUAGUUGACCUUCUGAUAACACGUAUACACUUGGACACAACUGAUAUCAUAAAAAAAAGUGCUGUUGAACCAGUUGGGUGGUGCCAUUUUUCCCUCCCGGAGUCAAGCUAAGUUCCUAUGAGUAAUAUGGUGUGGUGGAGCCUCGGUGGAGCCUUUUGUCGUUUCUUCCAUAUAUUGGUGCUUCUUCCAAUAUACGGAAGAAGGGUAAAACCUCACCAGACAAAGUAGGGUGAAGAUUCAUGGUCACGGACUAACCACUAGCGUUUUGGAAACACCACCCUAGUGACCAGUAAAACACAGGUUUGUCAAUCAAUUCGAGGCACAACUCACUAGCUCAAUCAGAUUCCUCCUGAUAGCCGAACCAGACCUUAUAGUUAUGAGAGUGAAACUGUAACUCAGUGGGGCACACAAUACACCGAAGCUUUCAUCUCCCAGUAUCGAUUGAUAUCAUCAAAACAACUUCUAAAAAGGUUCCUGCCUGUGUCCUUGGACCCACCACACAGGGGGAGACUAUGUCAGCUCAACUGAUGAGCUCCUAGAGGCGGUACUGGAACUGAUUAUUCCCAAGAAGAGGGGGCAAGCGUCGGGGAACACUGUGGUGCAACCACAAGCAGUUGUCUUCUUGGCCAUCACCCACAGUGCAAAAUCUGUAAGAGAAAGCUCGAAGGCACCAAAAGACAACCUCUCCUUUCAGAACUUCUCAAAGACAAUUCUGCUCUGGGCAAAAAAACAGUGAAGAUGUCUCAUGUCUCAUCUUAUUGAUAGCUCUGACCCGCCUGUCUCUUACUUCAAGCACCAAACUCCAGCUCAGUGAGGCUGUACAAUUUCUUUGUGUUUAUUACAUGACUUUCUAUUACAGUUAAAAUACACUGGGUUUAGAAAAUGAAUGAAUUUUUGAUUGUUCCUUUUGGAACAAGAGGAGGGAAAUAUAGUGGAAAUGUAAAAGUUUAAUACAAGUGUGUUUACUCAAUAAUAAUCCUGUAUUCAAUAAGUGAGUUUCUGUGUAUGUGACCUUGUGCAGGCUGUACUCCUUCAAGAUAACUCCCAGAACAGAAUGUCCUGCUCAGCUUUUGCAAAAACUUAGAGUUAGCAACAGAGAAUCUGUAGAAGAUAGGAAACAUCUGGUGCCAACCAAACUCUGUGAAUGUUAUUAGCAAUACCCGAUAGUAGGUGUUGACUAGGGGGAUGCUUCCAUUUUAUGUUUGUUUUUUAGUUUUUUUUUAAUUCAACAUUUAUGCUUUUGUGUUGUUGAUUGAAAGAAUUAAAGUUCUACUUUAAUUAAUAAUUAAUAAUUAAAUCAGAGUCAAAAAUCUCA